AUGCUUAUGGAUAUACCCUCUACUUCACUACCAAAACCCGAGCCACCCUACGUCAAGGGGUCGCAGUUGACCGUCCACCUUCAUCGUCCUCCCCCUCCAACCCCAGUCAUUAGAAAUAACUGCAUCAACACCACCACCGACAUAAAAGAACGGCGAGGCAUCGAUUCGAUCGACAAGGCAUUAGAGCGAUGCAAUCGCCACCCGCCGCUACAAGGCAAUCUCGAGAAACCAUGCUAUGUUCGACUAGAACUAACCGGCCCAGUUGUGCAGGUUGGAGAUGGUCGCAAUGCGCAGGUCGUCGUUGUCCAAGUUUUGCACAAGAGUGAAGGCUUCAACACACUGAAAAAAGAAAAAGAGGUGCAAAAAUUUCAAAUCGGAGAUCGCCUCGUUGCCAAAAUAUAUGAUCCGCUCUAUUUCGACGAUGAAGAAGGUUCUCUCAAUCCCUUCUUGUGCGUGGACCGGCACUACACCCACGAAUCCCGCGCAUAUCAUGUUCUUUGCGAAAUGCAAGGGAAGGAAAUACCUAAAUUCUAUGGAUCGUAUUCCCUGGAACUGCCGUCUGUUGGUCACACAUUCCGCUCAGUUCGACUCGUCCUAAUUCAGCUCAUACGCGGAUCAAACUUGUCGGUCAUGAAUGUCAGAGCGUUCUCACAAGAACGUCGACAGAGUAUCAUGCGCUCAGUCAUUGACUUCGAAAGCCGAGUUUACGAGCGUGAUAUUCUACUAGCGGAUUUAUUCCCUCGAAACAUAAUGAUGAAACUUCCCCAAUCCACCCUGGAUGCUAAUUCUGACGAGGAUCAGCAUCCAGAGAAACGGCUUAUAUUCAUUGACUUUGCAGCAGCGAUUUUUGGUCGUAUAAGGGAUGACCCUGUUCCUCCAGAAUACAAACCGAAUCUAUUCCUGGGACAGUAUGUCUCUCCACUUCUACGAUGGAAGCUCACGCCAACUUAUAAUUUUGGCGACCGGGUGAACUGGGAUUGGUUACCCUGGCUUAAAACGGCAUUUGAGCAUACUAUAGACACCAUUACCCCCGAGAUGCAACUGGCGUACCGUGAUGAUUAUGAUUAUGAAGACUGA